UAUUGUUAAUCUGUGAGUCCUGUGUUUUUGACGUCAUUGAGAUGCGCGAGCACGUGAAGUAAAGUGAGAGCACUGAGUAGCAUGUGGUUGUGAGAUUCCUUUAUUUAUAUAAAAUAGAGAUAUUACCAGAGAGAACCAAGCAUAACAUGGUGGCAGCGGUAAAGUACGAUACAAAAGUGAAACAUUAAGUUUGCUAUCGAGAAAGCAACUGCGAGAGACGAGGUCCGAUUAUGGAGGGUGCGUUCGGAUUGAAACCGCCAGCAAACUUUGACUGGAAUGCUACGUGCAUACCCAAAGCUUGGAAAGCGUGGGAAGAGGAGUUUUCCCUGUACAUCGAUUUGUCGCUUACAGACGCGGACAACAAAACGAAGGUAAAAGUUUUCCAAUAUUUAAUCGGAGAAACAGGAAGAGAACUGUGUAAGACGCUGAGCGCGGCUCUGCCGGCUGACGGCGAGCUGACGCUGGAAUGGCUGUUAACCGCGUUCAGAAAUCAUUGCAAUCCAGCACCGAAUGAAACUGUGGAAAGAUACAAAUUUUUCUCCAGAAAUCAGAACUCAGGCGAAACGUUUGACAAAUAUGUUACUGACUUGAAAGUGCUGGCUGACACAUGCAAUUUUGGAUCGGCGAGAGAUUCUCUGAUUAGAGACCGAAUAGUAUGCGGCAUAAUGAACUCGCACGUGAGAGAACGCCUAUUAAGAGAGAUGGACCUGACACUUGAUAAGUGUGUAAGGAUAUGUAAAGCAUCAGAACUGUCAAAAGAGAAUGUGAUGACUAUUGAGGGUCAGAAAACGGAAGUGCAUGCAGUUCAGAGAGUUAGACAGGCCCAGAGUGCCAAACAGACACAACCAGCUAAGUGCAAAUUCUGUGGAAAACCGCAUGAGUGGAAAAAACUGAGUUGCCCAGCUUAUGGAAAGCAGUGCAGGAAAUGUGGAAAGAUGAACCAUUUUGCAGCCACAUGCAAAACAAAAGAGACCGUGCGAAAAGGAAUACACAGUGUGGCAGAAAAGGAAGAAGAACCAUAUCAAGAAAUCCUAAGCCUUAGUUCACAAAAGGAGGACAAACAUGGAAAACAGCUGUUUGCAACCAUGCUGAUAGGUGAGAGGCCAGUAAAAUUUCAACUAGACUGCGGAGCCAGUUGCAACGUCAUACCCAUUCAACUGUUAAACCCUGACACAGUAAUGGAAAAGACUGAAGAGAUUCUGGUCAUGUAUAACAAGAGCACUUUGAAACCCAUAGGGAAGUGCAGAAUAAAAAUAAGAAACCCCAGAAACAGAAAACUUUAUCGUCUGGAGUUCAUUGUAGUGGAGGAAAGCUCAUCAGUUCCCCUGCUAGGAAACAAGGCCGUGCAAGCAAUGGAUCUGGUAAGAAUACAGCAUGAAAACAUUAUGGCAAUUGAUGAUAUUGUUACCACAGAGAGAUGCAAAGAAAACGAAACGUGGGGCAAGGAAGACUUACAACGAGAGUAUGCUGAUGUAUUUGAGGGAGAUGGAUGCCUGGAAGGGAAAUAUAACCUCGAGGUGGAUCCUGAAGUUAAACCGGUGAGGCUUCCAAAGCGCAGAGUUCCGGUGGCACUAAUGAAGCAUCUAAAAGUUGAAUUAGAAAGCCUGGUAGAUAGAGGCAUCAUAGCUCAGGUUGAAAAGAGCACAGAUUGGAUUAGCAGCAUGGUGGUGGUGAAGAAACCAAGUGGGAAAUUAAGAAUCUGUAUAGAUCCAAGACCACUAAACAAAGCACUUAAGCGUCAACACUUUCCUCUGCCUACCAUAGACGAUGUUCUCCCGGAUCUGACCAAGGCGAGAGUUUUUACAGUGUGUGAUGUAAAGGACGGAUUCUGGCAUGUAAGGCUGUCAGAAGAGUCAAGUUAUCUUACCACUUUCGCUACUCCAUUUGGCAGGUAUAGAUGGAUCAGAAUGCCCAUGGGGAUCAGCCCGGCUCCAGAAGUUUUCCAGCACAGGUUGACUCAGGCGCUGGAGGGGCUCCCAGGAAUCCGGAUAAUAGCGGAUGACAUCCUCAUCUGUGGGGAAGGCGAUAAUGAUGAGGCAGCGGAGAAAGAUCAUAACAAAAAACUGAGACAACUACUGGAUCGGUGUAGAAACAGAAACAUCAAACUAAAUUUCAACAAACUCAAGCUGAAACAGAAAGAGGUGCCAUACAUCGGACACAGACUGACUUCAGAGGGUCUAAAGAUUGAUCCAGAGAAGGUCGACUAAUGUACCUAGCAGACACUCUCAGCAGAGCGUACUUACCGGAGUGUGCUACAGAAGGAUCCGUAGAGACAGAAAUUGAGACGAUUAACAUGCUGCAGUACCUGCCCAUAUCAGAAGGAAGUCUACAGAAGAUACAGACAGAAACGGCUAAGGAUGGGACAUCUCAGAUAUUACAGCAAGUGAUAGUCCAAGGAUGGCCGGAAGAGAAGAUUCAGCUGAAAGAAGAGGUGAGACCAUUUUUUUCAGUAAGAGAAGAGCUUAGUGUGCAACAUGGUGUGAUUUUCAGAGGAGAGAGAGCUGUAAUACCAGCACAGCUAAGAAAAGAAAUCAUGGAGAGAAUUCAUGCUUCGCACUUAGGCAUAGAAAGCUGUUUACGCCGAGCAAGAGACUGCGUAUACUGGCCCGGGAUGAGUGCCGCCAUAAGAACAUACGUAGGAAACUGUGCAGUCUGCAGAGCAGUGGAUGCACGGCAGCAGAAAGAGACAUUGUGCCCACAUGACAUUCCUAUGAGACCAUGGUCAAAAGUGGGAACAGACUUGUUUUCAUUUAACAACAGAGCAUAUCUCAUCACAGUGGAUUACUUUUCAAACUUCUGGGAAGUAGACUGUCUCACGGACACCAGGUCAAGUACAGUAAUACACAAGUUAAAGGCCCAUUUUGCACGACACGGGAUCCCAGACACUGUGAUCUCUGAUAACGGACCACAGUACAGCUCACAAGAAUUCAAGCAGUUCAGUACAGCUUGGGAAUUUAAACAUGUAACGUCAUCUCCAGCUUAUCCACAAAGCAACGGCAAAGCGGAGUCUGCGGUAAAGACGGCCAAACAGCUGAUGGAGAAAGCAAAGAGAGCCAAGACUGAUCCAUAUCUAGCUAUUCUGGAACACAGGAACACACCAUCUCAGGGGUUCCAGGCCAGUCCGGCACAAAGACUCAUGAGCAGAAGGACUAAAACAUUACUGCCGACACAUGACAGCCUCCUGCAGCCAGGUGUUGUAAACACAGAACACGCAGUAAAAGACAACCAACGCAAACAAGCAUUCUACUACAACAGAGGAGCAAAAGAUCUGAGACCUCUCCAGCAAGGAGAACACGUAAGAGUUCAGUUGGACACCAAACACAGAUCUGACUGGACACCAGCAAAAGUGUUAAGAAUCGCCAAUAACAGAUCAUAUACAGUCAAGCUGGAAAAUGGAACUGUUGUAAGGAGGAAUAGGAAACAUCUCAGACCUGUGCCUGGAGGACCACAGAGAGCAGAAACACAAAACUUGAGGGACAAGAUUGAACAGUCUAAUCAGAUGAUCCAGCGGGAUGAGGGACAUUCACAGACAGUACCAGAGACACACACACGCACACAACAUUCGGAUAACAACAACAGUGUUGUGACAACCAGAUGUGGCAGAAUAGUCAAGAGACCAACACACUUGAAAGAUUUUGUUUAAAUCUGUUAAUUGUUAUUGUGACACUUAAUCGUUACUUUGAGUAUCUGUUAUAUUGUUGUUCUUAGUCAAAAGUUUAUUGCAUACAGUGACCUCAGUGACAGUAAAAAAAAAAAAAAAGGAAGGAUGUUACAAUAUGUUCUAUAUUGUCAGAAAGAUGUGGAAGACCAUGUAUUGUUAAUCUGUGAGUCCUGUGUUUUUGACGUCAUUGAGAUGCGCGAGCACGUGAAGUAAAGUGAGAGCACUGAGUAGCAUGUGGUUGUGAGAUUCCUUUAUUUAUAUAAAAAUAGAGAUAUUACCAGAGAGAACCAAG